UGCGUUUUUUACACCCCAGAGACACCAUGAUUCCUGGUAACCGAAUGCUGAUGGUCAUCCUACUAUGCCAAGUCCUGCUAGGAGGUACUAACCAUGCUAGCCUGAUCCCCGAGCCCGGCAGGAAGAAAGUCGCAGAGCUCCAGGGACAAGCCGGAUCCGGACGCCGCUCUGCCCAAAGCCAUGAACUCUUGCGGGGUUUCGAAACGACUCUGCUCCAGAUGUUCGGGCUGCGAAGGCGGCCUCAGCCCAGCAAGUCAGCCGUCAUUCCUGGUUACAUGCUGGAUCUCUAUCGGCUCCAGUCCGGAGAAGAGGAGGAAAGCCUCCAGGAGAUUAGCCUGCAGUACCCGGAGCGCUCGACCAGCCGGGCAAACACCGUGAGGAGCUUCCACCAUGAAGGUCAGUGAUGGGAGGAGGUGAAUUCCCAGGAGCCGGGGGCAUUUUGGUGUGUUGGGAGGCUCGCGGUCGCAUGAGGAGCAAGAUGUGCCUGGCCCUGAAUUUAUGGGAGGAAAACUGCCUCCUCCGCCCGGCUGCGGUUGUCCCGGGAGCAGGUGGAGGAGGCGAGCGCGGCCGGGGAGAGGGGCUUCCACCGCAUAAACAUUUACGAAGUGAUGAAGCCGCUGUCGGAGCGCGCGCAGGCCAUUACGCGCCUCUUGGACACGCGGCUGGUGCACCACAACGUGACGCGCUGGGAGACGUUCGACGUGAGCCCGGCCGAGAUCCGGUGGACCAAGGACAAGCAGCCGAACCACGGGCUGGUGAUCGAGGUGACCCACCUCCACCACGCACAGACUCAUCAGGGCAAACACGUCAGGAUUAGCCGAUCUUUACCUCAAGGGCGCGGGGACUGGGCUCAGCUCCGGCCGCUCCUGGUCACUUUCGGGCACGACGGGCGAGGCCACGCGCUGACGCGCCGAGCGCGCCGGAGCCCCAAGCACCAGCGUUCGCGCAAGAACAAAAAAAACUGCCGCCGCCACGCGCUCUAUGUGGAUUUCAGCGACGUGGGCUGGAACGACUGGAUCGUGGCGCCGCCGGGCUACCAGGCGUUUUACUGCCACGGCGACUGCCCCUUCCCCCUGGCCGACCACCUCAACUCCACCAACCACGCCAUCGUGCAGACGCUCGUCAACUCCGUCAACGCCAGCAUCCCCAAGGCGUGCUGCGUGCCCACGGAGCUCAGCGCCAUCUCCAUGCUCUACCUGGAUGAGUAUGACAAGGUGGUCCUCAAAAACUACCAGGAGAUGGUGGUGGAGGGGUGCGGGUGCCGCUGACCCCCUUCCCGCCGCCCUCUCCCCCCUUCCCUCCCUUUCCCACCCCCUUGCCCCCGAACCGCUUGCUAUAGCUGGACUCUUCUCUAAACUAAACGUUCACCUUGACCUUAUUUAUGACUUUAUGUGCAAAUGUUUUUUUUUUUGACAAUAAUGAUCAUAUAUUUUGACAAAAUAUAUUUAUAACUACAUAUUAAAAG